AUGGAUCGUCGAAACAUGUGGAAGAUUGCGCGGCAUCAUGUGCCUACAUUCCCAGCUUCGUCACUGCAACCAUUGGUGAUUUUUGACUCCGAUUUUGAUGGGCUCGUAGAGGAUACUGCACCUAUAUUCGACAUCUUCAAAUAUGCAUCCGAGAUGAUUCUUGAUCAAGUUCAUCGGCAUCAGGAGCUGUUCAGUCUGCUCAAGUUCAUAGCAGAUAUUUACGGUUAUUUGAGAGCUGAUAAAGACAUUCUCGGCAAUCCAUUCAUGGAAGGACGACUGGUCGUAGAGAAGCUGACGCGACAGUCACUAGAAUGCGCUGAUUUCAUCGCCCAUUAUUCGGAGAAAAUCGUGUUCUGGAAUAAGCUGGGCAAGGACAUCGAUCGUGAAACUCGUACGACUAUUCAGCGCUUUCAAGAAACUCUCAGCAGUCUCAUGGAGCAGAUUCGGCGUCGUACCUUCAAUGAGAUUUCAGCUCCCAUUUACAGAGGGGCUCUAGAUGUUGACCUGAGUGGCUUGGAGUAUGUCACUGGGGCUGGGGUUAAUGAAUCGAAGCAGUGUCUCCCCGGUACUCGAAGAGAAAUCCUGUCGACGAUCCAGGACUGGAUUCAUACUAAGAAAGAGGACGCGACGAAGAUUUUUUGGCUGUCCGGGAUGGCGGGGAAGGGCAAGUCUGCGAUCGCACACACGAUAGCUCGUUUGUCACACGAACGUGGAAGUCUCGGGUCUUGUUACUGCUUUGAUCGCACGCGAUAG